CUCCGAGCCGCAUCGGGGGGAGUGGGUGGACGGGGAGACGGGAGCCGUUUGCCGGAAUAUCCGGUCGGUCUGACUCUUUCUGUUUUGCGUGCGAUAGUGCGACGAGGUCCAUCCUCGAUGCGGCAACUGCGUAAAGCACGGUGUCCCGUGUGACUUUGAACACCCCGAGGUCCUGGCCGAGCUUCAAGCUGCUGCUACUGCUGCUGCUGCUGCUACUGCCGCCGAUUCGCCUUCUACGCCCGGCUCGACCGCCAACUACAGAUCUCCCACCUCCCGACAUGGAUCCAUCAUGUCCGGCGCGUCGGCCGGAUCGUCCGGAUCGGCGCCGUUGUGUCGGCCCCCACCAACUCCGGCCGUGUCGCAAACGACGCCCCCGGGCCACCGCUUGCUCGAGCUGAGGCUGAUGCACCACUACACGGCCAUGACAUGCAAGACCUUCACCUUCACCGCGCCCGUGACGGAGGACAUCUGGAAGAUCACGGUGCCGAAUCUCGCCUUCUCCGGCUCCCAGCACCUGGCCGACGCCAUCCUCGCCGUCGCCGCCCUUCACCUCCGUAGCAUGAUGCCCAACGACAAGGAACUAAUACGCGCCUCCCACGCCUACAUGGCCGCCUCGCUCGCCGAGUACAGCGCCGCCCUGACCAAGGGCAUCAACAGCAGCAACGCCGAGUCCCUCUUCCUGACCUCAGCCCUCAUCGCCUUCCAGUCCACGGCCACGAGGGUGUUCAUGAAGGAUGAGGUCAUGGUCGGAGAUGACGCCGAUGCCGACGCGAAUCAGAAGAACCGCCCACCGGGCUGCUAUUCCAUCCCCUUCUCGUGGUUCCAUUCCUUCCAGGGCGUCAAGGCAAUUACUGCUGCUUCGUGGCAGUACUUGCGUUCCAGCCCCGUCGUGACACAGGUAAUCAACUCUCAAGCCGUCCUUCAACUGGACUUCAACGCGGGGCCAAAGACCUUUUUCGGGCACUUGCUGGAGGGUCUGGACGAGGAGCUCGCCGCCAUGGGCGAUGUCUCGGCCGCAUCUCUCAGCUCACCCGCAGUCACCCCCGCCGGCCCCUUUCCGGCGCCGCCACAACCACCUCCUCCACCAUCACAGUCCACCUCAGCGAGCUACCAACCACCAAACAAACCGGCCGCCGCCGCCAGUCCCGAACUAAUUGCCUCCACACGGCAAGCCUACCAACACGCCGUCGCCGUCCUCAACUGGGCGCACAAGAUCCCGCACAAGGGCGCGCCCCUCGCCUUCCCCGCCACCGUCUCGCGCCGCUUCAUCGAGCUGCUCGAGGAGCGCCGCCCGCGCGCCCUCGCCAUCCUGGCCUGCUUCUUCGCCCUGCUCAAGUCGAUGGACUCGAUCUGGUGGUUGCAUGGCAUGGCCCGGCGCGAGGUUCUCGGGGUCGUCUCGCUCUUCAACAGCGAUUAUUUCGGCCCGGACGCCUACCGCACCUGGUGGCCACACCUCGAAUGGGCCAUGCGCAUCGCCCUCUACGAGCACCCGGAGGGCUGCGCCGGAGAGCCCAUCCCCGCCGACAUCUGGGGCGCCGACUGGUACGCCGAGGAGCGCGCCCUCGCCGAGGGCCAGGCCCAGCAGGGCGGAUAUGUCCGCCACAUCGAGCUGCUGAGCCAGAUGACCACGGCCAUGCAGAGCAUCCCUGCCGUGCCCGAGUCUGUGCCGCCCAUGGGGAACCAAGCGUGAUUCGCGAGAAGGGGAAAUGAGGUAAAAGAGGUAAGAAAGAAAAAUAAAACCAACACAAUCGAGGUGAAAGGAACUCGCCAGACGAGAU